AUGAAUGCAGUUUUCCAUUCCAACAUCCAAGAGGGCAUCAGACACUAUUAUGACGACCUGGACUUCAAGAACAUCUUGGAUUUUGUACAAGAAAAGUUUUCCUGCUGUGGUGGUGAUGAGUACCGGGACUGGGGGGUCAACCAGUACCACUCCUGCAACAGCAGCGGGCCCCUGGCGUGUGGGGUGCCCUACACGUGCUGUGUCAGGAAGGUCCCUGGAGGAGUCAUCAACACCCUGUGUGGGUACAAGACCCUCGAGAAAGAGCGCCUGGAGCUGCUCGACGUCAUCCACGUGCGCGGCUGCAUCCACGCCGUGGGGCUCUGGCUCAAGGACAACUUCGAGGCCACGCUGGGCAUCGUUUGCUCCCUGCUGCUUCCACAG